UCUCACUCUCAGAUCAUUCCUGUUUCAUAUACAUCUUUAUCUCUCUCUUUCUCUCUCUCUCUUCCCUUUUCAACUUGAGAGAUUGGGAGAAAGAAGAAGGUUGGGUUUUGUUCACUUUAUCAGCUUCAAGUUUCUGAACCCACCUGAGUUUCUCUCCAUUGCUCUCAUAUUAAAGUCCCAAUCUUUCUCUCUCUCUUUGAGUUAUUAAAGAGAGGCUCAGAGGCACAAGAUCGAAAGACUAGAAGAUGAACAGAGGAACCGAAGUCAUGUCACCAGCAACAUACUUAGAGACAUCAUCAAACUGGUUGUUCCAAGAGAACAGAGAAACCAAAUGGACAGCUGAAGAAAACAAGAAGUUCGAAAACGCUUUAGCCUUUUACGACAAAGACACUCCCGACAGAUGGUUCAAAAUCGCAGCAAUGCUCCCCGGCAAAACAGUCGGAGAUGUGAUCAAACAGUACAGAGAGCUUGAGGAAGACGUCAGCGACAUCGAAGCUGGUCUUAUCCCGAUCCCUGGCUACGCCUCUGAUUCAUUCACGCUCGAUUGGGGAGGAUACGAUGCUGGAAACAAUGGGUUUAACAUGAACGGAUAUUACUUCGCCGCCGUGGGAGGAAAGAGAGGAUCCGCCGCGAGAGCAGCGGAGCAUGAAAGGAAGAAAGGUGUUCCAUGGACAGAAGAAGAACACAGACAGUUUCUGAUGGGUCUGAAAAAAUAUGGAAAAGGCGACUGGAGAAACAUAGCUCGCAACUUCGUGACCACACGGACGCCUACGCAAGUCGCGAGUCACGCUCAAAAGUAUUUCAUAAGGCAAGUCAACGGCGGUAAAGACAAACGCCGAUCAAGCAUCCAUGAUAUCACCACCGUCAACAUCCCUGAUUCUCUUGAUGCCGCAGCGGCUGAUACCGCAACCACAAACGCUCCAUGCUCACCACCGUCACUAGGAGGAAGCCAGCGGGAGGGGUCGGGUCAGUCGGAAGGUCAAACUGUAUACGACGAAACAGCGGGUACGUUUUACAAUCAAAACGCGUUUCAAGAAACGCUACUUGGAAUGUCGUCAACGCCGUACAUUACAAAACUGCAGGAACAGAGUUUCCUAAACGCAUCGCAGUUCGAAUCGUAUAAUGCAUAUCUCCAAAUGUAGCACAAGAUGAAGAUCUGGAGUUACGAGUUGUUAAUUAUUUAAUAAAAUGUUCCUCUUUUGUUUUUA